UAUAUGUUGGAUAAUUUCAUCACUGAAGCUGAUCUGAUCUUCCCCAGAAUUCAACUAUGUCAGUCUACAUCUACACAAUAAUCCUCAUACCAAUUAUACUCAUCUUCUAUCCUAUAUUUCUUGAAGCCCAGAGUGGGCAUCUUCCUCAACAUGAAUUAAAUGCACUUAAGGAAAUAGGUGAGCAAAUGGGGAAGAAGGAUUGGGAUUUUGGACUAAAUCCUUGUGACAACAACUCUAACUGGAUGACACCAGAGAGGAAAGAUAUGCCUGCCUAUAAUAAUACCCUCACUUGCAAUUGUAGCUUCCCUGGUGGUAUUUGCCAUGUUCAAAGCUUAAUUUUGAAGGGACAGGAUCUGCAAGGUGUUCUUCCUCCUGCCUUGGUGAAGUUACCCUUUCUUAAGAUAAUUGAAUUGAGUCGCAGCUACUUAAGUGGUACAAUUCCCCCUGAAUGGGCUUCCAUCAAAUUGGAAUACCUAUCUGUUACUGUGAAUCGAUUGUCCGGGCCAAUUCCAAAAUACUUGGGAAAUAUAACAACUCUUAUACAUUUAAACUUGCAAAACAAUAUGUUCAAUGGAACUGUUCCUCCCGAGCUGGGGAAACUUGCCAACCUAGAGAAUCUCAUUCUUAGUGAUAAUUAUCUCACAGGUGAAUUGCCAACAGAACUUAAUGCUCUCGCAAAUUUGACAGAGCUUAGGCUCAGCAGGAAUAAAUUCACGGGGAAAAUGCCUAGCUUUCAAGGUUUGAAAAACCUUCAAAGACUAGAGCUUCAAGCAAGCGGUUUUGAAGGAUCCAUACCUCAAAAUAUUUUUGUACCAACAAGCUUGACAGAACUUAGAAUUAGUGACCUUAAUGGAGGUGUCUCCAGAUUUCCUACACUUAACAACAUGACAGGCAUGAAAACAUUGAUGUUGAGGCGGUGUAAUAUUUCUGGGAAGAUACCUGAUAUAGCUAAUAUGACAGGCUUACAAACACUAGAUUUGAGUUUUAAUAAUCUGGAAGGGGGGAUCGAUGUUCUUCAAAAUCUUGGAAAUCUGCAGUACCUGUAUCUAACAAACAACUCGUUUAGUGGGCAAGUUCCUCAAUGGGUUCUAAAUCGAGAUUCCAGAUAUUUUGCAGAUCUUUCAUACAAUAAUUUCGAGGAGAGCUCUGUGCCACCAAUUUGCAACCGGGAAACUCUAAACUUGUUCAAAAGCUAUAACGGAGGGGAAAAUUCAAAUAUUGGACAGUGUCUAAUGAGCUGCACGAAAGAUUGGUAUUCUUUUCACAUCAAUUGUGGGGGAGGCAGUGUUUCGAUCGGUGACACUACAUAUGACGCAGAUGAUGAUUCGGGGCCUGCAAAGUUUGUUUCUAAUAGAGAAAACUGGGUAAUGAGUAAUACGGGAUACUUUUGGGAUAAAAAUAUAGCACCACUCGACAAUACAGCAACGAAUAUAUCUGUCAUCAAGGAAAAAAACUCCGAAAUCUACAAGACAGCUCGCUUGUCUCCUUUAUCUCUAACAUAUUAUGGACGGUGUUUAGCAAAUGGAAACUAUACUGUGAAACUUCAUUUUGCGGAGAUAGUUCUGAGAGAUAAUAGAUCGUUUCAAAGUCUUGGAAGGCGCGUAUUCGAUGUUUAUAUACAGGGUGAAAGGAAAUUAAAGGAUUUUGAUAUCGAAACUGCAGCACGAGGAGUUGAUAAAGUGGUAGUUAAACAAUUUCAAGCAGUUGUCAGAGAUAAAACUCUCGAGUUGCGCUUUGAGUAUGCUGAAAAAGGAACAACAGUUGUCCCGCUUCCAGGAGUAUAUGGCCCUUUAGUAUCUGCCAUUUCUGUGGAAUCUGAUUUCAAGCCUCCCAAAAAUAUGAAGACUUUAAUCAUAGUUGUUGCAACGGCUUCUUCUUUGUUUCUUGUUUUCACUAUUCUCUGUUUUGCUGGGUGGAAGAUCUACCUUAGAAAUAAGACCUCAAAAGAAAGGGAACUACGAGGCCUUGAUCUACGAACUGGACUGUUUACCUUAAGACAAAUUAAAGCCGCUACAAACAACUUUGAUGCUUCAAAUAAGAUUGGUGAAGGUGGUUUUGGACCUGUCUACAAGGGCACACUAUUGGAUGGUACCGUUAUUGCUGUGAAACAACUCUCGUCGAAAUCAAGUCAAGGAAAUCAUGAAUUUUUGAAUGAAAUAAGCAUGAUUUCUUGUUUUCACCACCCUAAUCUUGUGAAACUUUACGGGUGUUGUGUUGAUGGAAAGCAAUUGCUGCUAGUGUACGAGUACUUGGAAAACAACAGCCUUUCCCAUGCUCUUUUUGGUCCAGAAGAUUGUCAACUGAAAAUCGAUUGGCCAACCAGACAUAGAAUUUGUGUCGGGGUUGCAAAAGGUUUAGCUUUCCUACACGAAGAAUCAGAAAUAAAAAUUGUUCACCGAGAUAUUAAAGCUACGAAUGUGCUUCUUGACAAAGAACUCAAUCCAAAAAUUUCUGACUUUGGUCUAGCUAAACUUGAUGACGGUGAGAAUACACACAUCAGCACAAGAGUUGCUGGGACAAGAGGAUAUAUGGCUCCUGAAUAUGCAUUGUGGGGCUACUUAACAUUCAAAGUUGAUGUUUAUAGUUUCGGGGUGGUGGCACUGGAAAUUGUUUCUGGCAAGAACAACGUGAAGUAUCGUCCUAAUGAGAAUUGCAUUUGCCUCCUUGAUUGGGCACUUGAUCUUCAAAAAAAGGAAAAUCUAAUGGAGCUAAUAGAUCCAAGAUUGGAUUCUGAUUUCGAUAAAGAACAGGCACUUAGAAUGAUCAAAGUGGCUUUGCUUUGUACUAAUCCUUCCCCAGUCCUUAGGCCGUCCAUGUCUGCAGUUGUUAGCAUGCUUGAAGGCUGUGAUGAUAUUCCUGAGUACAAAUCCGACCUUCAUGAAUUCAAUCUUCAAGCAAUGAGAGAUUGUUAUGAUGGAACACCGCUCGGAUUAAGUGAUUCUCCUUACAAAGUAAAUUUUUCCUCGGAUGUAAAUUAACAAUAAAAAAUUGCACCUUUAAGAAAUUCAAGAAAAAUUAACAAUAAA